AUGACGCUGGACGCGCUUCCGACCGAGACGCUGCGCCACGUCGCGACCUUCUUGGGCAUGCGCGACCUCAAGGCCACGUCCCUCGUUUCGUCAACGUGGCUGCACGUGGCGACUGGCGAUGCGAGCCUCUGGAAGGUGCAGUUUGUACGUCGAUGGACCGAGACCAACUUUGAUAUCGCGCACGACGUGCCGCUGGUCGUCGCCACGCCGCUGCUGCAAGCGCUUGGCACGGAGAUGGCGUGCUAUCGACUGCUGGCCCACACGGUGCUAGCGCUACCGACGCACGUUGACGUGGCCGGCCAGGCCAAGUUUGUGACGCUCGCGCAUGAUGGGAACCGCGAAAACGCGCCGAUCGAGGUGCAUUAUGCAGGACAGAACCUGGGCGGCGACCGCUGCAUUCGGGCCAACGAGCCCAUGACCGAGACGCCGCAUGCAAUGGUGUAUCGCCAGCGCCAAGUUGACGGCCGCGAGUGCUACACGGUCGGGCUCACGUGCGACAACUACUACGAGGUGACGAUUGGGGCCGAGCCGAUGAUCAACCCGCAACGCCCAUUUCUCCACGACCGCCACUGCGUCUCAGUCGGCCUUUGCAACAAGUCUUUUCGCCUAAAGGGAGCGCAACCAGGCUGGCGCCGGCACUCGUAUGGGUACCAUGGCGACGACGGCUGCUUCUUUCACGCAUCGGCGCGGGGUGAAGCGUUUGGCCCUGCAUUUUCGAGUGGGGACACGGUCGGCUGCGGCCUCGUCCAUAGCGUCCACGCCGAGUCGCACAUUAUUAUAUACACGCUCAACGGCGCUGUCGUUGGGCGCCCCGUAGAGUGCUCGACGCCGACUGUGUACCCUGUGGUCGGCAUCGACUCGCCCUUUGCCGUGCGCUUCAACUUUGGCCAAGUGCCGUUCCGGUAUCCGCAUAUGGACGCGCUCUUUGCGGGCACCGAGGCCGUUCUCGCGAGCACGACCAACCCCGUCGUAUGGGACGAAGACGAGUGGGCAUACGACGACGACGACAGUGACGACGACAUGUCGGACCUCGCUUCGGACGACGAGGGCGGGAUCCCUGCGCCGUUUGCCGACCUCUUUCGCGCCUACCCUAUCCUCUAUGGCGCCUAGUC